AUGCGCAGAGGCAGCGUCGCCCCUUCCGUUCCGUCUGUCACCUCGCGGUUGGUGCUGCCGCACCCGGGAGCGGCGGCGGGACUGGUACCGGGGCCGCCUUUUCCCCUUCCCCUCCGCUUCCCGGCGCCUGGCCGGGCGGGGUGUCUGUCAGGGCUCCGGGUGCCGCCCGGCGGCCGUGCCCGCACCCCCAUCCCCAUGGAGGAGCCGCUGGCCCUGCACCCCGUGAAGCUCUAUGUGUACGACCUGUCCAAGGGCAUGGCUCGGCGCCUCAGCCCCCUCAUGCUGGGGAAACAGCUGGAUGGCAUCUGGCACACCUCCAUAAUAGUCCAUAAGGAUGAGUUCUUCUAUGGCAGUGGAGGAAUCUCCAGCUGUGCACCUGGAGGGACACUUCUUGGCCCCCCAGACUCAGUUGUUGACCUGGGGAACACUGAAGUCACAGAGGAAAUUUUUCUGGAAUAUCUUUCCUCUUUGGGGGAAUCUAUGUUCCGAGGAGAGUCUUAUAACAUCUUUGAACAUAACUGCAACACCUUCAGUAAUGAAGUGGCACAGUUCCUGACAGGAAGAAAAAUCCCUUCCUACAUCACUGACCUUCCAGCUGAAGUUCUUGCCACACCUUUUGGACAAGCUUUAAGACCCCUCCUGGACUCCAUCCAGAUCCAGCCACCUGGAGGAAAUACCUUCAGCAGACAUAAUGGACAGAGCUAACAGGAGUGACCCAGUGUGCCCAGCCUCACCAGGCCUCUUCCUUUUUAAACCUGGAUCUACCAGAUUUCUAUUUUAUAAUUUCCCAUCAGAAUUAACUCUGCAGAAGAUACAAGACAAGUUUUAAAAUUUCUUAGGGAGAGGAUUUAUCAGGGUGCAUGUAAGACAAUGUUACCAAAAAGAUUGCCAUAAUUUCUAAUAGUAUUAUACUAAUUUAUAAAGGCUGUCUUGUCUGAGUAGGCUGACACUUUCUAAGUAACUCCUGUGCUGGUAAGUGGGAAUUCACUCCAUGAGCAUUCAAGGGCCCAUUACACAAUUUAGAGUAAAUAAGGGGCUGUCCUAGCCAUCCUUGCAGGCUUGCAUCUCUUUUUUUCUGUCACUGCUUAUAUUAUGGGAGUAUUUGCUGAAGUCUGUAGCAAAAAGACAAAGGAAGUAUUGGUAGCCUAGGAAGUGAAGGUGUCCCAGGAUUAGUCUUCUGCAUAGUUCACUGAUGUUAUGUUAUUUGCUCAGCAGAAAAGCUGAACUCAUCUGAUUAGAAUAUUUGCAGUGGCACAGCUGUGUGGGAAAUGUGAUCAAGCUGAACUCUGUGUCAGUGUCACACUCAAAAGUGGAAACUUUCAAUGGGACUAUCUUUGUGUGGGAGGGAGGCUGGAACUGAAGGUUGCCAAGAGCCUUGUAAUGCUAGAUCCAAGAGUUAUGGGAAAGAACCAGCUGAAAGAACAGAAUCUCAUGAGCAGAAGUGGUGGAAACAAAUUUCAGGUGAAAGCAAAAUGAAGUGAAAUGCUUCCUUUUCUUGCAUGUAAGUUUAUCAGCAGAUAGACAGAACCUUGUUAACUAUUUACCUUUGCAGAAGAGCUGGGGUUUUUUUCUUACCAAGACAGAGUUACAGUACAGUAAGGCAGGAAUAGUAUGGCAACUGCAUGAUAAUAUAAUGUGGACCAAUUCUGCCUUCAGUAUCUAGUUGCAGACACAGUAGGAGCUCCAACUUUCUUUUAUAUUGCUGUCCUUUCCAAAGCAGUCCAGCACAUCACAGAGAGGGCUCUGCUUAAGUUUAAGAGAAAUAGGUGGUAGGUCUCCUCAAAUGUAAAGAAAAGGAGGAAGAGUAAAAUUAAGCUUUUCUAUGGAACAAUUGAGUUUAUUGGGAUACAUGCAGAAGCAGUCCUGUCCUUAGAUUGACACUAGAUUGUAUCAAUACUGCAUCUCCUAGCUUAAGAUUCUUAUAGCUUUGCAAUUAUUUGCAGUGGAAAAAGAUCAGGGGAAUGAAAGAAUAGGCACACUGAUUUCUUUUCAUGCAUGUAUAUAUACUAUUUUCCUGAACAAUUUUGUAGCAGUUACAUUUAGGAAGGAACACAAGAAAAACAUCGGACAAACCCCAAAACAUUGCUGAUGUUCUAUAAAUGGGGAUUGCAAGUCCCAGAUGCUGCUGAAAAAGCAUCUAUGCAAAUGUAUAGCCCCUUGUCCAGUGCUUUGUUGUGAAAAGUAUUGCUGCAAGUUCAGUCCUGCACUGGAAACUUCCUGCUUACCUAAAGAAGAUGUCUUUCCUCUGCUAGGCUCUUUCUCCCAGAAUAAUACAGUUUAAUAAGUUUCUCACACUGUUACUCAGUGUGGGCUAUAAUGGUUCAUAUUUUUGAGGGGAUGGAAUGGAGGAAAACAGUUUAAUCACUCUGUCAAAUACUCUGUUGCCCUGCACCUUGUGGAAUCACUACACAAGUGGAAAUAGGGUGCCAUCGGUACAUUUUAGUUUUGUGUGUACCUGCUCUCAGUGCACAGCAGUGGCACUUGCAGCCCUUUUUUUUUUUUU